GUGUCCCCUGACAAAUCAAUGACCAGGAACCUUUAGCAGACACACUCUACUGCUCCCACCCACACGAAUUUUACAGAAGUUAAAAGUUCCUUUUUUCAUUUUACUGUCAAACAGUAGGCCUCCUUUUAUACCAUUUUGUGUGGCUGAAAUAAAGGCCUCUGAGAGUAUAGCUAAGGCCACGAGCAGAUGCGAUACAACAAGAGUGAGGGAGACAUUUUUUUUUUCUUCAGUCUUCGUUGAGUGAGAGGAAAUUUUGAAACGUUGUGCAAUGGUGCCACAAACGUUUUGAAAGGUUGUAAGAGGGUUUUACCAGCAAAGCGUCUGAAAGUUGGUCCAUUGGACAAAAGGUCUCCAUGUUGCAUCCAUACAGAAUGGAGAGCUACCUCAUCCCUCCUCAGCACACAGACGAAAUGUACGAGUCUGACAUCUACAGACACCCAAUUGCAGAAUAUUAUAAUCCAUAUGUGUUAGAUGCAGAUAUCCAGCCAGAUCACUGGGACUACCACCCUCACCCCCAUGUGCACCCUGUGGAGUUUGAAAACCUCCAGGAGACCAACUUCACAGAGCUGCAGAGCGUGCAGGCACUUCACCCGCCUGGCCUCAUACGACACGACGCCAUAAGAUACGAUGCAGAAAGCCUGCUGGAUUCUAAUCUGGCUGCUCAUCCACAUGUGUUGCAGCAGUCAUUUAAGGUAACAUUUUUCCCGCGGGCAGUCUAUCCACCACACGUGUCCCAGCGCAGCUCUGACGAUGAAGAGCAUGGUGGAAGAAGUCCUCCAUUGGAGGUGUCCGAUGAGGAGCACUCCAGAGAUCGAGUCCCGUAUGUCUCACCAGGAGAGCUGGGCAAUAAGAAGAAGAUCCGUCUGUACCAGUUCCUGCUAGACCUUUUAAGGAAUGGAGACAUGAAGGACAGUAUCUGGUGGGUGGACAGAGACAAAGGGACAUUCCAGUUUUCUUCCAAACACAAAGAGGCCCUCGCACACCGCUGGGGAAUUCAGAAAGGGAAUCGCAAAAAGAUGACCUAUCAGAAGAUGGCUCGGGCUUUGCGCAACUACGGCAAAACUGGAGAGGUGAAAAAGAUCAAGAAGAAGCUGACGUAUCAGUUCAGUGAUGAAGUUCUGGGGAAAAGUCAUCUGGAGAGAAAAACAUUCAUUUAGCAGGUGGUGUCCUUUCUGAUGUAACUGUAGAUAGUUAGUCGCACAGUCUGAUCUAGUAAGUUUUAAGUACAGUGGUUCUAGUCCCCUAAAGAAACUGAUGCAUUAAACUUCCACCAAGCUCUCACCAUUUCCCAAAGAAUCUUUCCUCCAUGCCGUCACUUUGAAACUUUUUUUUGUAAUUUACAAGUGGUUAGUUCAGGAGAAUGUUACCAAACAAGUUCAAGUUUAAGAAUUUCAGCCUUUUAUGGUCAUUUCAGAGGACUUUAGAAAGACAAACUUCAGACGUCCCCCCCCCCCCCCCCCAUCUUUUUCAGGUAAAAUACAAUUUGUGCAAAUUAAACAGUUAAGUCUCCUUAAAAAACUCAUGAUAUGACUUUCAGCAACGACCUGUAAACAUGAUGCCACGAGAUAAAAACACAAGCUUUUAACUUUUUGUAGCAAGGAACUGCCAAAAACAUGAAGGUUGAAUCCCCUGAGGAAGACCUCUGAAGAGGGCUUCACAGUGUUCCUUCAAUAUAUGCAGUGUUCCUCCUUCUACAAUUUUAAUCUCCUGUGUGAAACACGCAAAAGUUCUCGUCUUUGUGUAUCAUUUUUGUGUGUGUGUACAUAGUCUGUUAACGUUGCAAAUUUAUAUUUAAAACAGCCUAAAUGCGAUCAUUGAACAGGAUUAACUGUGAUUAGUUAAUAUAUCAUGUUACAUGCAAAUAUUUACAUAAAAGGAAAGUAACUGUACAAAUAAAUGAAAGUGUCUUUAAUCAAAAA